AUGGCUCGAUCCGAGACUGGAGAACGAAAGGGUCACAAGCACCGCAGAAACCAUCACAAUGGUUACAGCAAUUCAAGUGACCUAAGCGAUGCCGACACUGGAAGCCAGUCCAGUAAGCGGGACUCCAAGAAGCGCAAGGGCGGCGACGAUGAUGCCAAAGUCAACGGCCAUGUCUCCAAGAAGAUGCGCCGUGCGAGUUUGAGCCAGCCGGCGCGCGACCCUCGCGAUACAACCACUGCCAAACCGUCCAAGAAGAAGUCCAAGAAUAAGUCCGAAGGGACAGUGACCAGAUCCCCGAGCCCGGUGAUUGACUUUGAUGGUCUGAGCCGCCCAAGUCUCGGAACUCGCGAGCGACUCGAAGAAUCCCCCGAGCAAGCCGCCAUCCGUCUCGAAAAGCUCCAGGGCGCUGUUCGCACGAUUCUUGAAUGCGUCGGCGAAGACCCCGACCGCCCGGGUGUUCUUGACACACCGAGACGCUAUGCCAAGGCCAUGCUCUUCCUGACACGCGGCUACCAGCAGAAUGUAAAGGACAUUGUCAAUAACGCCAUCUUCCAGGAGGGCCACAACGAGAUGGUUGUUGUCAAGGACAUUGAGAUUUACAGCAUGUGCGAGCACCACCUCGUGCCCUUCACCGGCAAGAUGCACAUUGCCUACAUCCCGAAGAACCAGGUCAUUGGCCUCUCAAAGCUGCCGCGCAUCGCUGAGAUGUUCAGCAGACGAUUCCAGAUCCAGGAGCGGCUGACCAAGGAGGUGGCCUACGCCAUCAUGGAGAUCCUCAAGCCGCAGGGUGUGGCUGUCGUCAUGGAGUCCAGCCAUCUAUGCAUGGUCAUGCGCGGCGUGCAAAAGACGACGGCGAGCACAAUCACCAGCUGCGUGCUGGGUGCUUUCGAAAAGAAGGAGAAGACUCGCAACGAAUUCCUCAGUUUGGUGGGACUGAAGAAAUAG